AUGGGUUGGUUUCCUUGCGGUGGAAAAUCAAAUAAGAAUGCAAAGAAGAAGCUAAAUAGAAAGCCUGACGAUCAGAUCCCGUCAACUUCAGAUAAACUGAAGGUAAAUUCAACAUUGGAUGUAAAGAAGGAAGGCUCUAAGGAUGGAGGAUCUGAUCAUAUUGCGGCACAUACAUUUACAUUUCGUGAGUUGGCAGCUGCAACAAAGAAUUUUAGGGCAGAUUGCCUAGUGGGUGAAGGAGGUUUUGGCCGAGUAUAUAAAGGGCGAUUGGAGAGUACCAAUCAGGUUGUAGCUAUCAAGCAGCUGGAUCGUAAUGGGCUACAAGGAAAUAGGGAAUUCCUCGUCGAAGUUUUGAUGUUGAGCUUGCUUCACCAUCCUAAUCUCGUGAACUUAAUUGGUUAUUGUGCUGAUGGUGAUCAGAGACUUUUGGUCUAUGAAUACAUGCCAUUGGGAUCAUUGGAAGACCAUCUACACGAUCUGCCGCCAGAUAAGAAACAAUUGGACUGGAAUACAAGAAUGAAAAUAGCUGCAGGUGCUGCAAAGGGCUUGGAGUAUUUGCACGACAAAGCUAGCCCCCCUGUCAUAUACCGUGAUUUGAAAUGCUCAAACAUUUUACUUGGUGAUGGCUAUCAUCCGAAGCUAUCUGAUUUUGGCUUAGCUAAAUUGGGCCCUGUUGGUGAUAAGACCCAUGUUUCCACCAGAGUGAUGGGAACCUAUGGAUAUUGUGCCCCUGAAUAUGCCAUGACUGGUCAGCUUACCCUGAAAUCAGAUGUUUAUAGUUUCGGAGUUGUUCUUCUUGAGAUCAUUACUGGCAGAAAAGCCAUCGACAAUUCAAGAGCUGCUGGGGAACACAAUCUGGUUGCAUGGGCGCGGCCCUUGUUCAAAGAUAGAAGGAAAUUCUCUCAGAUGGCUGACCCAAUGCUCCAAGGCCAAUAUCCAGUGAGAGGUUUAUAUCAAGCUCUUGCUGUUGCUGCAAUGUGUGUUCAGGAACAGCCUAAUAUGCGACCACUCAUUGCUGAUGUAGUCACUGCCCUUUCCUAUCUUGCUUGUCAAAAGUAUGAUCCCGAAACCCAGCCACCAGUCCAGAGCUCCCGCCCGAGCUCUUCCACCCCCAGAACCAGAAGGGAACAGUGA